CUUUGCUUCUCUUAUCUGGGAGAAUUUUUUUUUCCCCCAAAGCGAAGCAUGAACCAUCGUUAAGUGGAAAAUGGAGACUGAAUUUUACACGACGGUUCUAACCUGCUUGAUCCUCGGGAGCUUGGAGGGCUUCCAGAUAGUCCACGUGCGCAAACAGCAGUGCCUCUCCAUCAAUCAGAAGGUGAUGAUGGGCCCGUGCAAUGCUACCAGCCGCAACCAGCAGUGGCUGUCAAUUGAGAAUGGGAAGUUCCUUCACAUUAAAUCUGGAUUGUGCCUGGGCAUCUCCAACUCUUCAAGAGGCCCUUUCCAACCAGCAGUUACCACUCCCUGUGCCCAGGCACCCCGAUGGACCUGCCAUGCUCAAGAAGGCUUCCUUGAGGUGGAAAAUACCUUGUUCUUUCUCAAGAAACAAAACCGUAAGGUAGUGGUCAGGAAGAGAAAUAAUUACCUCGAUAGCUGGAUGAAAUUAGAUAUCAACAAGGAGGGGAGAUUGGCCAAUGAAAGCCUCUGUCAGAAGCAAGCUGGCCGGGGUACAGAAGUCUCGGUGCGGAUUGCUAGAAACUCAGUUGCUCCUCACAUCCCCACUACUUCAAACACCGUCCCGUAUAGCCCAGACCACAUUAGCAAUACCACAGAGACAUUCCUCCGGAGCACUGCAGAGACCCUUAGGAGCACUGCAGAGACCCUCGGGAGCACUGCAAAGACUCUCGGGAGCAUUUCAGAGACCUACAGUCAGAGCAGCAGCAAGAGCGAUCUCCCCAGUCUGCAUACGACUGAAACUACAGACACAUCCUGGAGUCCCUCGACUACUCCACCUUUCUCCAGCACCACUGCAGAGACUGGAGUGGCAGAGCAGGUGAAAUGUAACUUCACAUUGUUGGAGUCCAAGGUCUCUAGCUUGUCAGCGUCUAUCCAGUGGAAGACUUUCGGCUCACCCUGUAACUUUAGCCUCAUCUACAGCAGUGACACCUCAGGGCCCAUGUGGUGCCAUCCCAUUCGGAUAGACAACUUUACAUAUGGAUGUGACCCCAAGGAUUUACAAGCAGGGACCGUCUAUAACUUCAGGAUUGUUUCUCUGGACGGAGAAGAGAGAACUCUGGUCUUACAGACAGAUCCCUCGCCCCCUGCCAGGUUUGAAGUCAACCCUGAGAGGAUCACCUCAACCACCCUGCAGGUUCGGUGGACUCCGUCUUCUGGAAGAGUCACCUGGUAUGAGGUGCAAUUGUUUGAUCAUAACAAUCAAAAGAUACAAGAAGUCCGAGUUCAAGAAAGUACCACGUGGAGCCAAUACACUUUUCUGAACCUCACGGCGGGGAACAACUACAAAAUGGCCAUCACAGCCGUUUCGGGAGAAAAACGCUCCUCUCCUGUGUAUACCAACGGAUCUACAGUACCAUCUCCAGUGAAAGAUCUUCGAAUUUCUCCCAGUCUUAAUUCUCUCCUAAUUUCCUGGUCUCGUGGUUCUGGGAAUGUGGAACACUACAGGCUGGUGCUAACGGGUAAAGGGGCCAUCGUCCAAGACACGAACGUGGACAAGCGUGAUACUUCCUAUGCUUUUCACGGGCUAACCCCUGGUCGACUCUACAACCUCACUAUUGUCUCCAUGGCCUCGGGACGACAAAACUCCACGUGGAAACUGGCGAGGACCGCUCCUAUGGAAGUCUCAAAUCUGAAGGUGACAAAUGACGGCAGUAUGACCUCUCUAAACGUGAAGUGGCAGAAACCUCUUGGGGAUGUGGAUUCCUACAGCAUUACCCUGUCUCACCAAGGGACCGUCAAGGAAUCCAAAACAUUAGCAUCUCGUGUUACUGAAACUCAGUUUAAGGACUUAGUCCCCGGCCGGCUUUACCAAGUUACCAUCAGCUGUGUCUCUGGUGAACUCUCUGCUGAGAAGUCGGCGACGGGCAGGACAGUUCCAGAAAAAGUGAAGAACCUGGUUUCCUACAACGAGAUUUGGAUGAAGUCCUUUGCGGUGAACUGGACGCCCCCUGCUGGAGAUUGGGAGCAUUAUCGCAUCCUGCUCUUCAAUGAGUCCGUGGUCCUUCUCAACACCACAGUGGGAAAGGAAGAAACACACUAUGCCCUGGACGGCUUGGAGCUCAUACCAGGAAGACAGUAUGAGGUAGAAGUCACUGUUGAGAGCGGAAAUCUGAGGAACUCCGAGCGCUGCCAAGGCAGAACAGUACCCCUGGCUGUCCUCCAGCUUCGUGUCAAACACGCUAACGAAACUUCACUGGGCAUCACGUGGCGGGCCCCUCCAGGCGAAUGGGAGGAGUACAUCAUUUCGCUGAUGGACAGAGAGCUCUUUGUAAUCCACAAGUCACUCUCCAAAGAUGCCAAAGAAUUCACGUUUACAAACCUGAUGCCUGGACGGAAUUACAAGGCUACCAUCACUAGUAUGAGUGGAGAUUUAAAACAGUCAUCUUCAAUCAAAGGAAGAACGGUGCCUGCCCAAGUGACCGACUUGCAUGUCAGCAACCAAGGGAUGACCAGUAGUCUGUUCACUAACUGGACAAAGGCAUUAGGGGAUGUGGACUUCUACCAAGUUCUACUGAUCCAUGAAAACGUGGUCGUCAAAAACGAGAGUGUUUCCAGUGACACCAGCAGGUACAGCUUCCGCGCUCUGAAAUCCGGCAGCCUCUACUCCGUGGUGGUGACCACAGUGAGUGGAGGGAUCUCUUCCCGGCAGGUGGUGGCAGAAGGAAGAACAGUCCCGUCCAGCGUGAGUGGAGUGACAGUCAACAAUUCUGGCCGGAAUGAUUACCUCAGCGUUUCCUGGCUGCCCGCGCCUGGAGAAGUGGAUCACUACGUGGUGACCCUCUCCCACGACGGCAAGGUGGUUCAGUUCCUCGUCAUUGCCAAAUCCGUCAGCGAGUGUUCCUUCAGCUCCCUCACCCCAGGCCGCCUCUACAAUGUGACCGUAACCACCAAGAGUGGCAAUUAUGCAAGUCACUCCUUCAGCGAAGAACGGACAGUGCCCGACAAGGUCCAGGGAAUUAGUGUUAGCAACUCUGCCAGAAGUGACUACUUAAAGGUGUCCUGGGUACAUGCCACUGGAGACUUUGACCACUAUGAAGUCACCAUCAAAAACAGAGACAGCUUCAUUCAAACCAAAAGCAUCCCCAAGUCAGAAAAUGAGUGUAUCUUUGUUCAGCUCGUCCCUGGACGCCUGUACAGCAUCACUGUCAGUACAAAAAGUGGACAAUAUGAAGCCAGUGAACAAGGAACAGGGAGAACAAUCCCAGAGCCUGUGAAGGAUCUCAUGCUUCUCAACAGGAGUACGGAGGAUCUCCAUGUGACUUGGUCAAGAGCCAAUGGUGAUGUCGAUCAAUACGAGGUUCAGCUGCUCUUCAAUGACAUGAAAGUCUUUCCUCCUAUUUACCUUGUGAACACAGCAACUGAGUAUCAGUUCACCGCACUCACACCGGGACGCCAUUACAAAAUCCUCGUCCUGACCAUCAGUGGCGACGUCCAGCAGUCAGCCUUCAUUGAAGGCCUCACGGUUCCCAGCACUGUCAAGAAUAUUCAUGUCUCUGCCAACGGAGCCACAGACAGGCUGAUGGUAACGUGGAGUCCUGGUGGCGGAGAUGUUGACUCCUACGUGGUGUCUGCAUUCAGACAGGGCGAGAAGGUUGACUCUCAGACUAUCCCCAAGCACGUCUCAGAGCACACUUUCCACAGGCUAGAGGCCGGAGCCCAGUACAGGAUCGCCAUUGUUUCUGUCAGUGGGUCCCUGAGGAACCAGAUCGAUACACUCGGGCAGACAGUUCCAGCAUCGGUCCAGGGAGUCAUCGCGGACAAUGCAUACAGCAGUAACUCCUUAACAGUAAGUUGGCAGAAAGCCCUUGGCGUGGCAGAAAGAUAUGAUAUCCUGCUUCUAACUGAGAAUGGGAUUCUCUUGAGCAACACGUCAGAGCCAGCUACUGCAAAACAGCACAAAUUUGAAGAUCUAACACCAGGCAAGAAAUACAAGAUGCAGGUCCUUACUGUCAGCGGAGGUCUCUUUAGUAAAGAAGCCCAGGCUGAAGGCCGAACAGUCCCAGCAGCUGUCACCAAUCUGAGGAUCACAGAGAACUCCAGUAGACACUUGUCCUUCAGCUGGACUGCCUCAGAGGGUGAACUCAGCUGGUACAACAUCUUCCUAUACAACCCAGACAGAACUCUUCAGGAACGAGCUCAAGUUGACCCGCUAGUCCAGAGCUUCUCUUUCCAGAACUUGCUACAAGGCCGAAUGUACAAGAUGGUGAUUGUUACUCACAGUGGGGAGCUGUCCAAUGAGUCCUUUAUAUUUGGCAGAACAGUUCCAGCUGCAGUGAACCAUCUCAAAGGAUCCAAUCGGAACAUGACAGACAGCCUUUGGUUCAGCUGGAGUCCAGCCUCUGGGGACUUUGACUUCUAUGAGCUGAUUCUCUACAAUCCCAAUGGCACGAAGAAGGAGAACUGGAAAGAGAAGGAUGUGACAGAGUGGCGUUUUCAAGGUCUGGUUCCUGGAAGGAAGUACACCCUGCAUGUGGUGACCCACAGUGGGGACCUCAGCAAUAAAGUCACAGGGGAGGGCAGAACAGCCCCAAGUCCUCCCAGUCUUUUGUCAUUCGCUGAUGUUGCAAACACCUCCUUGGCCGUCACCUGGAAGGGACCCCCAGACUGGACAGACUACAAUGACUUUGAGCUGCAGUGGCUCCCUGGAGAUGCGCUCACUGUCUUCAACCCCUACAGCAGCAGAAAAUCAGAAGGCCGCAUUGUGUAUGGGCUUCGCCCAGGGAGGUCCUAUCAAUUCAGCGUCAAGACUGUGAGCGGAGAUUCGUGGAAAACCUACAGCAAACCAAUUUCUGGGUCUGUGAGGACAAAGCCAGACAAGAUACAAAACCUGCAUUGCCGCCCCCAGAACUCCACGGCCAUUGCCUGCUCUUGGAUACCACCUGACUCCGACUUUGAUGGCUACAGCAUUGAAUGCCGAAAAAUGGAUACCCAAGAAAUAGAGUUUUCCAGAAAGCUGGAGAAAGAAAAAUCAGUGCUCAAUAUCAUGAUGCUGGUGCCUCAUAAGAGGUACCUGGUGUCCAUCAAGGUGCAGUCAGCUGGCGUGACCAGUGAGGUGGUUGAAGACAGCACCAUCACCAUGAUAGACCGCCCUCCUCCACCGCCUCCACAUAUCCGUGUGAAUGAAAAGGAUGUGCUGAUCAGUAAAUCUUCCAUCAACUUCACUGUCAACUGCAGCUGGUUCAGCGACACCAACGGAGCUGUUAAAUACUUCGCGGUGGUGGUGAGAGAGGCUGACAGCAUGGAUGAGUUGAAACCAGAACAGCAGCAUCCUCUCCCUUCCUACCUGGAGUACAGACACAAUGCCUCCGUCCGUGUCUACCAGACGAAUUAUUUUGCCAGCAAAUGUGCUGAAAGUCCUGACAGCAGUUCUAAAAGUUUUAACAUUAAGCUUGGAGCCGAGAUGGACAGCCUCGGUGGCAAAUGUGAUCCCAGUCAGCAAAAAUUCUGUGAUGGACCGCUGAAGCCACACACCGCCUACAGGAUCAGCAUCCGAGCUUUUACACAAUUAUUUGAUGAGGACUUGAAAGAGUUCACAAAACCUCUCUAUUCGGAUACGUUCUUCUCUAUGCCCAUCACCACGGAGUCAGAGCCCUUGUUUGGAGUUAUUGAAGGUGUGAGUGCUGGCCUGUUUCUAAUUGGCAUGCUGGUGGCCCUUGUUGCCUUCUUCAUCUGCAGACAGAAAGCUAGCCACAGCAGGGAAAGACCAUCUGCCCGUCUGAGCAUUCGUAGGGAUCGGCCUCUGUCUGUCCAUUUGAAUCUGGGCCAGAAAGGCAAUCGGAAGACUUCUUGCCCCAUAAAGAUAAAUCAGUUUGAAGGGCAUUUCAUGAAGCUGCAGGCAGACUCCAACUACCUUCUAUCCAAGGAAUAUGAGGACUUAAAAGAUGUGGGUAGAAGCCAAUCGUGUGACAUUGCCCUCUUGCCUGAGAAUCGAGGGAAAAAUCGAUACAACAACAUAUUACCCUAUGACGCCUCGAGAGUGAAGCUCUGUAACGUGGACGAUGACCCGUGCUCGGACUACAUCAACGCCAGUUACAUCCCCGGUAACAACUUCAGAAGAGAAUACAUCGCCACUCAGGGACCGCUUCCGGGCACCAAGGAUGACUUCUGGAAAAUGGCGUGGGAACAAAACGUUCACAACAUCGUCAUGGUGACCCAGUGUGUUGAAAAGGGCCGAGUAAAGUGUGACCAUUACUGGCCAGCAGACCAGGACCCUCUCUAUUAUGGUGACCUCAUCCUGCAGAUGGUCUCAGAGUCCGUGCUCCCUGAGUGGACUAUCAGGGAGUUUAAGAUAUGCAGUGAAGAACAGCUGGAUGCACACAGACUCAUCCGUCACUUUCACUAUACGGUGUGGCCAGACCAUGGGGUCCCAGAGACCACCCAGUCCCUGAUCCAGUUCGUGAGGACUGUCAGGGACUACAUCAACCGAAGCCCAGGGGCCGGGCCCACCGUAGUGCACUGCAGCGCUGGUGUGGGCAGAACAGGGACGUUCGUUGCCCUGGACCGGAUCCUCCAGCAGUUGGACUCCAAGGACUCCGUGGACAUUUAUGGGGCAGUGCAUGACCUAAGGCUCCACAGGGUUCACAUGGUCCAGACAGAGUGCCAGUACGUGUAUCUGCAUCAGUGUGUGAGAGACGUCCUCAGAGCACGGAAACUGCGGAACGAGCAAGAGAACCCCCUGUUUCCGAUCUAUGAGAAUGUGAAUCCAGAGUAUCACAGAGAUGCAAUCUACUCGAGACAUUAAGAAUCCACCUGAAGAUUCCCUGGAUAAAAGUUUUUCACUAUGUGACUCGUAAAAAAAAAAAAAAAAAUCAAACCUUGCUUCAUGCCCUGUGGCGUUGCCAGCCAUUUCUGUUGAUACUAUGUAUAAUUUAUUAAUCUGAAGAAUGUUAAAGAAUUUAUGUAAUUUAAAGGUAACAGAUAUUAUUGUAUAUACUUGUAUUUUGUAGUUCCUCCUGUAAAUAUGUAUUUUUCAUAAUGUUUAAAAUUAAGCUUUAUAUAAUACUAUUUUUUCACACUAAAAGUGUUCAUGGCUUGUUCUACACAAACCCAUUCAACCUGUAUGACAGGACCACUGGUAAAAUGUGUAUAAAGGAAGUUGCAAAGACAGUCCCUGGGGCUGUUUCUUACCUAUCCUGAUAAUCACUGGGUAAACCAAAGUCAGAGCUGGAGAGAGCAUACCACAAGGCUAGCUUUGUUGAGCUGAUUUCUUAUGAAUGAACCCUGGGAUCUAAAAAAAUAUAACAGUCGAAGAGAGACUAGGGCUGUGGCCAAACCUUGGUGGUAGACCAUAUGCCAAGAAAUUUAAAAUAAAUUAAUGAAUUUAAAUUUGACAGCACCAAAGCUUGGUGUUGUCUGAACUAGAAGCUUUUUGUCUGACUCCUCCCAGGGUCCCAAGCCAUGGUUGCCUUGAAGCUUACAGUGACCGCAGGGUUAAGGGUUUCCUUUAGUGAAUGAUACUAACAGGGGUGAGGAACGCUCCUGUCAAUAACACCAGCUGCACCUCUGCCUGCAACCUCCUGCCCAGAGCAGCCUGCCACCUGCAACAGUCCCAAUUGGUUUUCCUCUGGACAGAGUUACAAUGGUAGAUUACGCUCUUGAUCGGAGAAAGCAUGGUAUGCCAAUAUGUUCGUAGAAAUAUCUAUAACAUCAUAUAUAAUGAGUUAAAAAGUAAAUGAUGGUUAAAAACAAACAAACAAACCCCAGCUCUCCUAAGUCUAAAAAUCCUUCAAAAGUUCUAAGUGAAGGCAGUUAAAAUAUCUUCAAGUACUCACCUGAAGCUCCGUUUAAUAUAAGCGGUGCCACACGCCCUACGGAUUUUAUCAUUAAGACCUGUGUUUUAUUUAACUAUGAAUAAUUCCAAGUGACUCAGAGGGUGGCCAUUGCCCAGAUCAAGGCCCGAUGAUUCGUAGAUGUUUCCUGAGGAAGGCCUAGAAAGAGUCCUGUGGGUGCCUGAGUGAGCUGUCACACUUGCUGACCUCAGAGCUUCAUUUGCAGAAACAGCAGCUUCUCCCAGACAUAUGCAUUUUUGCUGCAUAGCAUAAGUUCCCGUAAUAGGAAGGACAUAAUUGGCAUAACAAUUGAAAAUAAGUAAAUAUACCUAUUGUAUAGGUAAAUAUCAUGGUUAACUUUAGUUUGUAAAUAUAAUGUGAUCUUCUUAAUUACACAGCUACACACCCAACCGGAAAAUGGUUUUAGGGAGUGUUUGAAGUUUAUAGAAACAGAGGAACUGUUCCUGAGGAUACCUGUGAAGAACAUUCAGAGUUCUCACAGUGUCCCUCUGUUCCGUGCCCUCAUGAAAAUGAUACUGGGAAGCUCUGGCCCCGUGUCCAGAAACGUGGUGGAUGUUUCAAACAGGAAAAAGAGGAAGAGAGGUGCAGGCAUAUAACUGUAACUAGGGAGAAAAUAGAGGUCAGACAUGGUUUAGGUGUGGCGUCUGUUAGGAGUCAUUGUUUUCUUAGAGGAAAAAGAAGAAAGCUAGGCUGAGGGAGCAGCUCUGAGGUAGCAUGCUUGUGUGUCCAUCUCUUCCCUCCCGAGAAAAGAAAGGGGAUGUGGGGUGGAGUUCUAAACUGAUGUUGCAUGGUGCAAGGCAUGUUGAUAACCUGGGAAGAGAAGAUUAUUUGCAUUCCGAGAAAAGUUCCAGCAAGGGCCUGGAACCUGCUGGGCACUGUUGCAAAAUCUGUUUCUUUGUGUCCUCAAGGAGAGAAGCACACUGGACUGAAAUUACCAUUGUUACUGUUUUCAAUAGGAAGUGGAAGAGAGUCUGGGCAAGGGGAAGAGACCAGUGUUGCCUUCCUUAGGGCACCUGCUAGCAAGGGCUGGAGAGGUUUCUGUGGCAAGUCACUAGAUGUAGAAGAGAAAGCAGUUAAUUGCACACGCAGGAACUACAACCGAAAACCCCCUGCAUGUCUGUAACCGUAAAUGACACUCACACACCUCAAAGCAUCUCAGGUGAAGUCAGAAUUACAGCCACACAACCAGGGGACAGCAGGCAUUCUUGUUCUCUAUUCCAGGAAAUACUAAUGCUUCUUCUGUACUAGUUUUAAAGCCCCCUUAGCAACAAAGACUUCUCUAUGUAAUCUCUCUCUUGGGAAGAUGUAAGACAAAUCUAGUUGAUCCACCCAUGGAAUUUAGCAGAGAGCCAAACUGGAAAUGUAGCUACCGAUAGGAUGCUUGCCAGGCAUGUGGGAGGCCCUGGGUUUAGUCUCAGGUAACACAAAAUAAACAAGGAGAGAGAAAGAAGGGUUUCUUCGCCCGUUCGUUCUGUUGGGUGCAUCUCUUAAUUGCUUCAUGUGGCUGUGCCUCGGUAAACACUCCACUUCCCGCCAUGCCGGGCAUCCUGUCUGCACCUGAGCAGGGCUUUCAAGUACUUCAAGGCUCUCAGACCUUGAGAGAGUCUGUUUUGCAUCUUAGUAAUUAUUUACCCAGAUUCCUUAUAAUUAACUCCUCUAAUCUUUCACAUUAAAUCAAUUUCACAUUACCAGUCCGCUUUGCUCUGGAGAGCAGCCAAGUUCCCCACUCCUGAUUUUUUUUUUUUUUUCAAAGAUGCAUCUCCCUGUCUGGGCUUGCGAAUGUUCAUCUUGAGGCACGUCCCCUCCUUUAGUGCCCUGCAUUCUGCCUUCCUGCUGCUUGCUGCUUCUUCCUGCCGAGUGGCCUACUGUGUCUGUCCGAUGUGACUUUAUCUUCUGUUCGUCUCAUCUCUUUCCACCCACUGCUAGCAUCUCGUCACCUCAACACCCUACAAGAGCGAUUAAGAUUUAAUUUUUCAACAUCGAAACGGCAACAACAUAGCAAUUUGGGGUCAGUUAUAUUUAGGAGGCUCUGUAAUUAAUUCUGUGAUUACCUCUUGGAGGAAAGCCCAACAUGAUAUGAGAAAAUAAUGUGAAACGCUUUAACAGAUGUCCAGCGAUACAGAAAUAGGGCGCUCAUGAUACACUUCACAGUGCUUCUCUUAGCUCCGUGUUAAGGCUCUAACUGCUUAUAUUAAACACUUUCUGAUCCCGUGGCAAAAGAGGAAGGAAGGAAGGAAGGAAGGAAGGAAGGAAGGAAGGAAGGAAGGAAGGAAGGAAGGAAGGAAGACCUGUCAUGUACUUAAUUCUUGUUCAGUUAGUUUAUGGACAUUUUGGAGGGUCAACUCCUAAAGUUACUAGCUCUGUAUAUUUACCUCAGACCCCCAGCCACAGGACACAAGCUUCCCCAACCAAACCUGACUGUACCACGCUGAAUAAGUAAUAAGCCAUAGCUACUUGUUUGUAGAAACAGUUCGGAGGUUUUCUGAAUUCUGUUUCAUUGGGGGGAACAAAUGAAUGUGACUGACCAGACAAGAGUGGGAAGAAGGCAUGAGCAAUCAAUCCCAGAGAGCAAGCUCUCAUCCCCGAGGAGUUGGCAGAAACGUGGCACACCUGCCUGAAUCCCCCGCAACCAUUCCGAGGACCCUUGAUCCAAGCUUGAGAAGUUCGGUGUUCAAAGAGUGUUUCACAGUCAAGGAAGCUCGACCACGACUGCAGGGAGGAAGUGAAAUGGUGAGAAGAAAGAAACUGUUAAGAGAAGAGACCACCAAGGCAGACAUCGGGAAGGCAGAAUGGCCGGUCUUCCUUCUUGGGAGGGUCUUUAAACAUCUCAUCAUGUAUUUCUAUUAGGACAGAUGGUUUAAACAUCUCUAAUCUCCAAAUCUGAAACUCAAAAUGCUCCCAAGUCCGAGGAUUUUUUGAGCACUUACUUGACUCAGUGGUAAAUUCUACAGCUGGCCUCAUGUCAUCUGUCAGUCAGAACACAGGGCCAUUGCCACUACUGUGGAAACUUACCAUCAGCCAUGCGUACAAGGUACAUGAGAGACUGAAAUGAACUUCAUGUUUAGACUCAAUUCAUCCUCAAGACUUGUAUUUAUUCAAAUAUUCCAAAUUUAUGUUAAGAUCGGAUUCCAGUGGAAAGCAUUUCAGGUAAAGAAUCUCUGACUUGCGUGACUAUUGUUGGGGUUCACUGUGACCACGGUGGUCAGGCUAUCUAGAUGAUUCAACAGUCGGACUGGUUUCCUUGGCUUUUGAAUUAAGCAGGUAUGUGACUUGUCACUGUAGACACAGCACCUUAGAGUCUUAUAGCGCAGGAUAACUAUAUGAUACAUUGUUUGGCCAUUUCGGUUGAAACCCGGGGUGACAUUCGAUGCAGCCAUGAUAACAACAAAAAUCUGGUCUCUUCUAAAACUGUGUGUAGCACUGAAAACGUUUCCAGCUGAAAGUACUUGACUGAGGGUGGCUUCCUUGGAACAAAUACAUGCAUUUUAUUUUUCAAGGACUGUCUAUAUAGAUAACAUUCAUUAAGUAAGGACAUUGUUGGUGAACGCUUCCCAAAAUAGAAGUUUAUAUAAUGGAAAUAUUAAAAAAUCUAUUGAAAGAUGUGCCAAAGAUUAUUUUUAACCUAUAUGCUAAUGCACAUGAACUUAUGUAAGACACCAAAGAAAACUGUUCAAAACUGUAAAUAGUGUCAGACAAAUGUAACAUGUCUCUUAGAAUAGUCACAAGAAGGGCUAGUUUGGAUUGUUCUCUGCCUCAAGUAAUUCUCUUUAAGAAAUGCCAUUCUUGCCCCAACAGUAAGCUUUUCCAUUACGUCUGAGAUGUGUUUUGGGAGCUAUGUGUGUAAAUGUGCAUUGCACUGAGAAAGGAGUCCAUGUGAUCGUGGCUUUGGAAUCCAACAGCCUCCAUCCGCCAUUAGUGGGAAGGUCUGCACCAGAGUUCAGUCUUCUGGCCUCAGCCACGGUGACAAGAGAGGACAAGGUCCCCACUUAAAGAGCACUUCAUCUUGGAUGUGUUUGUGAGGCUUGGUUCCCCAAGAACGAAGAGUAAGUCUCUCAGCUUGACUUCCACCACACAGAGAACAGUUCACAGCUCACACACCCCGCAUGCACCGUUUAAAGCGGAAGCUGCUUCUGGCUGUGUGCUUUGGACGUCAGAUUGUGCCUACGAAUUCUAAAGUCCACAGAGGUGCAUUUAGCUGCUCUGUCAUCUGUGUGAAGCAUAAUAUAUAAUGUAAAUUAUCCCAGCAACUGAACCUAUCAUGUUCUAUAAUAGAGCACUUUCCUGGUUUCAAAAUCAUUUUCCUUCUCUGCAAAUCUCGUAAAAUGGCAGUAAGUGUAUUUUUUCAUACUACAGCAUCUACCCACGCUAUUGCACUGUAACCAGCAUUGUUUGAACAAAGAACCUCAUCGGUCUUUCUAUUUAAAUAAUGUACGUGCUUAAUAUAUUUCCAGAUAUGUAACUGUGGUUAAAGGGAACCGCCAUGGAAUCUUGCACAAACCCUCACCAAUGCAGGAAUAAAACUGCUGCUCAUUGAAA